AUGAAGAAUAAACAUUUAUAAAUCUCCGAGAUUUGUAUGCGGCCAUUCAAAAAGUUAGGACUCUAGACUCGCACAUUAACUCCAAAUAAUUUUAACGAAAAAUUAAUGUCAAGAAAAAAAUAUCCCUUGACUGAAUUUUUGAUGAAUACAUCAACCAGAAAAAUUAAAGUUUGUUAAAUUCAUUAUGACAUCACUCAAAAUAUUUUUACUUUAUUAAAAGAAAAAAGAGGAAAACAGUAUUCAAUGAUUGAAGGUAAUAAUUCAUAGUUGAUUAUGUUAGAAUAAUUUUAUUUUUGA